AUGGACUUUCCAUCGAAGGCGCACGAGGCGUUCAUCGACAGAUUCGAGAGCGCGUUCCUCCAGGCUUCAGGCGAUGGCGGUGAGGUGGCCCCGCGUGGCUCGUUCACGGCUUCACGAGGCCGCGGUAUCAAGACGAAGCAGGCCGACGCUACCUUUGGUUCAAGGCUCCCUACGCUCAACAGAGGCCCACCACCGACACUCGAUGAAGGUCCAUCGCGCGUGUUGCGUGGGUUCACGGACUGGGUGACGCUGGCGGCUGAGAUCGGCAACUCGCAAACGUGGAGUGGGCUCGAAGUCGCGGGCAACUGGUGGUCCCACAACGUCGGCGUCGAGUAUGUGCUUUCGACGCAACUCAAAAAGAACGCGAAGGAACUGAAGUACCGAUUGUACAAAAUCUCGCAGGUGGGCGACCUCCCGGCGCCGUCGCAGCAUGGGACGCUGGCGGUCGAGAACGACGCAGCUGCAUGUGCUUCAAAAAGCGCGUUGUGA